CCUGUCACGUCCAGCUUCCACGUCUUUCCCCACCGCUCUCCACAGCUCCUUCUCCUGACAUCAAGGAGGGCCCUGAGGCCGCUCCACAUCCUCCAGCCUGCAGACCCCGCCCUCCUGGUCUCUGGCCUCCACCUCUCCGCUCUGUCUUCAUGUCUCUGAGGGUCUUGGGCUCCAGCACCUGGCCCUCAGCCCCUAAAAUGUUCCUCCUGCUCGCGGCACUUCAAGUCCUGGCUGUAGCCAUGACACGGAGCCAAGACGAUGAGAACAAGAUAAUUGGUGGCUACACGUGUGCCCGGAGCUCCCAGCCGUGGCAGGCGGCCUUGCUGGCAGGUCCCGGGCGCCGCUUCCUCUGCGGAGGCGCUCUGCUUUCAGACCAGUGGGUCAUCACCGCUGCUCACUGCGGCCGCCCGAUUCUUCGGGUCGCCCUGGGCAAGCACAACCUGAAGAGGUGGGAGGCCACCCAGCAGGUGCUGCGUGUGGUUCGCCAGGUGACACACCCAAACUACAACUCCCGGACCCACGACAGCGACCUCAUGCUGCUGCAGCUGCAGCAGCCUGCGCGGAUCGGGAGGGCAAUCAGGCCCAUUGAAGUCGCCCAGGCCUGCGCCAGCCCCGGGACCUCCUGCCGUGUGUCAGGCUGGGGGACUACGUCCAGCCCCAUCGCCAGGUACCCCACUUCUCUGCAAUGCGUGAACAUCAACAUUUCCCCGGAUGAGGUGUGCGGGAAGGCCUAUCCCGGAGCCAUCAAGCCUGGCAUGGUCUGUGCAGGAGUUCCCCAGGGUGGGAAGGACUCUUGUCAGGGUGACUCUGGGGGACCCCUGGUGUGCAAAGGAAAGCUCCAGGGUCUCGUGUCUUGGGGAAUGGAGCGCUGCGCCCUGCCUGGCUACCCCGGUGUCUACACCAACCUGUGCAAGUACCGAAGCUGGAUUGAGGAAACGAUGCGGGGCAAAUGAUGGCCGUCAUGGAGGGAUGGACCUUGUCAGCUGCCUCCUCUCUCCACUCAGGACCCACGAGCCCAGGCCCCAGCCCUUCCUCCCUCAGACCCAGGAGUCCAGGCCCCAGCCCCUCCUCCCUCACACCAGGAGCCCCAGUCCCCAGCAUCCUGAUCUUUACUCUUUCCCAGAGCAGGGCCUCAGACACCUUAAACCAGCAUUGUAUUCCGGAGAAGACAAAUUUUAACACGCUUAGUGUCUCUGAAAACCAAAUAAAUCAUGACAAUGAAA